AUGGACCUGGCGAACGAGAUGAGGCGUCAAGAGGCGGGCUUUAUUUGGAAUGGUCCUGAGAGGAAAUCUCUCGAAGAUCUUCCCCAAUGGAAGAGCUACGGCAUCACGCUGACUGAGAUUAAGAAACAACUCGGCUUGCAGGCCCUAGGCGGUGGACUCGACGGGUUGAGUCUGGGGUACAUUUCGGUAGAUGCGGCUUCGAGCGGACAACCAUUUGUGCACCUGGCACAAGAGCUGCACUCAUCAAGUGUCGAGUCCAAGGGAAACCCGAUUAGAUUCUACCAAGCCCUGCGCAGUUACGCGACCCCGUACCUCACCGUAGCAUGGCCCCAAUCAAACUCCUACCCGGAAAGGGGGCAGUCGGCCAGGUCAAUCGUGUCCAAGCUCGCUCUCCUGUUCGGCAUCGGCUGGGGCGACAUUCUCAAAAAGACAAAAAGACGACAUCAAUCUCGCACGCCCAUUCAAAGAGACCCUUGCGGUGCGUCGACCACAUGCGCUGCAGGUCCGGUCAUCUCGGGCCUUGACCCAAUGGGCACGAGAAAGAUACAUAAGAUGGCCGCCCAGGAUUAUGUACAGUUCCACCUCUCCAAGGUACCUUACCUCACGAGUCCAACGGCUCCGUCCAAUCCAACCGUGCAAAGAGACCGCCCUCCAUCUAACCGCCCCACCACCCACGACCCUCUCCUCUCGCUCCUCGCUCGCUUGACAUGCGGCCUCCUUUGCUGUGGGGUCCGAGUCGAUUUGACCGCAUCCGCAUCCGAGUACAACGUACUUCCCAGCAACCUUGAAGCUCCCUCCACACAGCGCCAAGCUCUCAAUCUCAAGCUCGCUCUUCAACUUUUGACUUCGGUCGUCCAUUCUUUACCCAAGCUUUCAGCUUACCACAUUCGCUCUCUCAACCCUCACGGUUAA